AUGUUUUCCACUUCAAUAAGGUUCAGUGCUGAUUGUGUUGAUGAUCAUGUGUGGUUGGGAGAUCUGGAAGCUGCUGAAAAUACAUUUAUGUUGGAUAAAUUGAAUAUCACUCAUAUAUUGACUAUACUCGAUUAUAAACCUGUUUAUAAUAAAGAUGAUAAAAGAAUUCGACUGUACAUUGAAGCCGAAGAUAUUGGUUCAUACGAUUUAUUGUCAUCAUUUGAAACAUGUUAUCAUUUUAUCGAGAAUGCUGUUCAGAAUAAUCAUAAUAUAUUAAUUCAUUGUCAGGCAGGAAUUAGUCGAAGUGCCACGAUUGUUGCCAUGUAUUUUAUGAAAAAAUAUACUUUAACACACGAAGAAGCAAUUGAAAAAUUAUCGAAUAAACGUUGUUAUCAUAUGGUAUGCCCAAACAAUGGAUUUCAAUCACAAUUACAACUUUAUCAUCAAAUGAAUUAUGCUGUCGAUAAAACACAUGAACUAUACAAAGAUUUUCAAUCAGAACGCUUACGCACCAAUUAUGGAUUGGAAAAGAGCGAUAAAAUAACAAAAACAGAAAAAGAAAUAAUAGAUGAUACUGAUCGUUUUCCAAUCAAAUCAGAAGAAAAGACUUUAGAAACAGAAGAAGUUGAAUAUCAAUGUAAAACGUGUCAGCAUAAAUUAUUUACACGAAAUGAUCUAUUUUAUCAUCAACAAGGACGAGGAAAAUCGGAUUGGAGUACAAAACCACUUGAAUUGGAUGAGACAAUUUGCGAUAAACAAGUGUUCACCUAUUAUACUGACUGGAUGAUUGAUGUAUUUGAUAGUAAUGUUGGCGAUAUUCAUUGUAUUUCUUGUCAAACAAAAUUAGGUGAAUAUAGUUUAGAUGGAAAAAAAUGUGAAUGUGGACAUUGGGUUAUGCCAGCAUUUCAUUUUGAUCAAAAUCAAAUUGAGCGUCACAAUGAAAUGAAUCAUAAUCAUGUAGAAAAAUCGUAA